UGUUAUUUGUUUGUAGGGGCUCCUCUAUCAUAAAAAAAAACAAUUAAAGAAGGAGAAAAGAACACGUGUUCAAGACACUUACCUCUGUCUGGUUGAUGAUUUCAGGUAGAACUCCGAGAAUGGCGCCGCCGGAAGAUGACGACAGCCACUUGAUCGACCGGAGCUCCGGCUUCGAUCGACGGACGGGAAUCUACCACAGCCUCCGUGGCCCUUUGCCUCUCCAUCCUCUCGACCAACCUCUCUCCGCCGCCGAGCACGCCCUCUCCCUACUCCGCCGCUCCUCUCCUGUCUCCACCGCCGGAAAAGACAUCGGAUCCAUCACCUUUAUCGUCAACGCCACCACCGGAGAGAGCAUCACCUACGCCGAGCUUCUCCAUGGAGCUCGCUCCCUCGCCGUCUGUCUCCGGGAACGCUUCCCUUCUCUCUCCCAGAACGACGUCGCCUUCAUCCUCUCCCCGGCCUCCACUCGCGUUCCUGUGCUCUACUUUGCUUUGAUGUCCAUUGGCAUCGUGAUUUCGCCUGCUAAUCCCGUCGGAUCCAACUCGGAGGUGAGUCACCAGGUCCGAAUCAGCAAGCCGGCAAUCGCCUUCGCGACAUCGCAGACGGUCCAGAAGCUUCGAUCCUCUUCUUUCCCCCUCGGAAUCGUCCUAAUCGACUCGCCCGAGUUUCUCUCCUGGUUGACUCGGUCAUCCCCGGACCCGGUCGCCGUCCGGGUCAACCAAUCCGACCCGGCGCUCUUCCACGUGUUCGGGUUCGCGAUGUUGGUCCGAGCCAUGUCGCUGGGAGAUACGCUGGUUCUUCUGGAGAGAUUCGACUUCGAGGCGAUGCUGAAAGCGGUGGAGAAGUACAAGGUCACAGGAAUGUCGGUGUCUCCGCCGCUGAUCGUGGCGUUGAUCAAAUCGGAGCUGACGAAGAAGUACGAUAUCCGGUCGUUGCGGUCGCUCGGAUGCGGCGGAGCUCCGCUGGGUAAGGACGUCGCCGAGAAGUUCAAGGAGAAGUUCCCCGACGUCGAGAUUAUUCAGGGGUACGGCUUGACAGAGAGCUCGGGACCAGCGUCAUCAACGUUCGGACCAGAGGAGACAGUGAGAUACGGCUCAGUUGGUCGUAUUUCAGAAAAUCUCGAAGGAAAGAUCGUCGAUCCGGUUACCGGAAAAGCCUUACCGCCUAACCAGAAAGGCGAGCUCUGGCUUCGUGGCCCCAUUGUCAUGAAAGGUUAUGCGGGAGACGAGAAGGCAACCGAGGAAACUAUAGAUCGAGAAGGCUGGUUAAAGACGGGAGAUCUCUGUUACUUUGAUUCCGAGGGUUUUCUUUACAUUGUUGAUCGGUUAAAAGAAUUGAUCAAAUACAAGGCAUAUCAGGUUCCACCUGUGGAGUUGGAGCAGAUCCUUCAAUCUCACCCGGAAGUUGUUGAUGCAGCCGUCGUUCCGUAUCCAGACGAGGAUGCAGGCGAGAUUCCAAUGGCCUUUAUAGUACGAAAACCGGGAAGCAACAUCUCCGAGGAACAAAUCAUCGAGUUCGUGGCCAGACAAGUUGCUCCGUAUAAGAAGAUUCGUCGAGUUGCGUUCACAAACGCGAUUCCGAAGAAUCCUGCAGGUAAGAUUUUGAGGAGGGAGUUGACGAAACUUGCCGUGGCUGGUAAUUCGUCAAAGCUGUGAGAAAACCGGCCGGUUUGCAUUCGAUCGUGCCGGUUUUUAUAUGCAAUUUUCCGGUUUAAUUGAAUCAUCGUUCUCUCCGAGUCUUCGAAGGCAGUUGUAUUAUUCGAAAAAAAAAAGGCCAAUAAUACAUUUCUUGUAUUUGUUUAGUAUCAUUCCGAAUCUCAUAAUGGUUAACAUAUAUUUAUUUAUUCCAAAUCUAUUUGAGGGAUUGUUAUCAUAUAUGCAGGGACAAAUGUAUAAUAUAUAUUGGGCCGAUGUACAUUCAUGUUUA